AUGUUAGCCGACCUGACUGCUGUUGAUCCUUCCAUGAUUCACAUAACCCUUCCGGUAUUUGAGAAUACACUUGUCAAAGCUCAGGAAUACAACUUCACGACGAUGGUCACCAACCCCUCUGUCGUGCAUCCGAAUGGUUUUAUCAAUCAAUAUUACGACGAUGAAGGUUGGUGGGCGCUUGCUUGGAUUAAAGUGUUCGACCUAGUUCACGACCCGAAAUACCUUUUGACGGCUGUCGAUAUUUUCAAGAACAUGAUAACAGGCUGGGGUGCGACUUGCGGUGGUGUUUGGUGGGAUAAACCUCAUACUCAGAACGGGGCUAUCGAGAACGAGCUCUUUCUCAGCGUCGCUGCCCACCUCGCCAACAGAAUGCCCGAUAAAGACUAUUACCUGGACUGGGCCUUGAAGGAAUGGACUUGGUUCAAGAGAAGUGGGAUGAUCAACGCACAAAACAAUAUCAAUAACGGUCUUGACUUAACGACAUGUGAGAACGACAAUGGAACGAUCUGGUCGUAUAACCAGGGUGUGAUUCUUGGCGGCCUCGUUGAGCUUUCCCGGGCGUUGCCAGAUGACUCCUCCUACUUGAGGACGGCCAACAACAUCGCCAUUGCUGCCUUAAAAGUGCUCACUGAUUCGAAUGGCAUCCUGCACGAUUCCUGUGAGCCAAAUUGUGGCGCUGAUGGAUCUCAAUUUAAGGGAAUCUUCUUGCGGAACGUUCAGGUUUUAUAUGGAGCUUCCUCAAGUGAGCAGCUGAAGUCAUUCGUUGAGAGGAAUGCCGACAGUAUCUGGGCCAACGACCGGGGUGUUGAUAACGAGCUUGGAAUUGUAUGGUCGGGCCCAUUCUCAGGUGGUGCUAAUGCAUCAACGCAAAGUUCUGCCUGCGAUGCUCUGGUGGCAGCUAUAGGCGUUCAGUAA